GGAGGAGCAGAAGGGAGGAAGGCUGUCGAGCCGCCAGGAGGACUCAGUCGGAAGAAGCGGACGAAGCGGGACAAUGGACGGAGCGAACGCCGCCGGAUAGUACGCCCAUGUUCUCCAGACAUGCUGCUACCCUCGUCUGCAUUGACCUGCUGUUCACCUGCUGGCAUUUGAAUGAUCAAACAUGAUGAAGACAGAACCGUCGUCGACCGCGGGGGACAAGGGCUCCUCCAGUGGCAACAGCGGGGGAAGCGGGAGCUCCAGCCUGCGCAGCGCCUCGCCGCACCGCAACGCGUACGAGGCGGGGCUGGCGGCGCUGAAGAAAGCCACCGAUCACCUCAAUGGAGGCUAUGACCCCGCCUCCAAGCCGGCGCCCCUCCCCCGGCCGACCGGGAGAGGCCGUAAAUACGGCUCCAACGUUCACCGCAUCAAAAACAUGUUCAUGCAGAUGCAGUCUCCAGGCGAUGACGAAGAAGGAGACAAAAUGAUAGGGAAAGAGCAGGCCGUCAAACUGUCUUUGCCGAGAGCCUCCAGCCUCAACGAGAAUGUUGACCACAGCGCCUUGCUCAAACUGGGAGGCUCUGUUUCGGAGAGGGUGAACCGCUUUGACACCAAAGGAGAUGGAGAAGGCGGGAGCUCCUCGUCGGGCUUGUCCAAACUCCAGGAAACGAGGAGGAUGUUCGAACAACGGACGUUACAGGAAAAACAAGCUGCCACCAACAGGAUUUUGCUGAAGAAGGAGCGCGCGUCUGGUUUCCAGGACAGCCGCCUGGACGUUGUAGCACGUUUUAAUGGUUCUACGGAGGCUCUGGACCGAUUGGACGACCCCCCGAUUCCCGUCCCUGUCCCAACUCCCGCCCCUGUUUCACUUCCUGCUCCUGUUCCUGUUCCAGUUCCUGCCACUGCGGCUGCUCUCGGGCCUGGUGAGGCCGUCAGCCCCACCGUGAGCCAGCUCAGUGCCGUAUUUGAGAAGGCUGACCUGCAAAACAAUCUCUACCUCCCCAACCGUCGGUCAAGACCUGCCCCAGCGCCAAAGCCAAAGCUUCCAGCCAAAGCAGGGACCGCCAGGAGCCAGAUAAAAGCGCCUCUUCCAAGCGAGGAGGACUCCGAGGUGGUGACAGCCGGAACUGUGACCAGCCAGGGAGCAGAGACUGAAGUGAUAGAUCCACUUCCACAGAGAGGCAUUGAAGGAGAGGCGGUCAGCGAGGAGAAGGAGAGAUGUGGACAUUCAGGAGAUCUGCCCUUCAGCUCCUUGUCGUCGUCUCUGGCUGCCACUUUAUCUUCUUCCUUUUCCGAGGCUAAGCCAGCGUCAGAGCCCCAGUCCGGGUCGACUGAAGAUAGGGGCUCGAGUACGGUGGACGCGUCCGCCCAGAAGCCGCUCGCCGUGGAACAGGAUUGCUGUAGGGGGGACUCUGACGCCGGAGCCAGGUUGGUGCAAGCUGAGGUGCACGCCACGCUUGAAAACGGACAGAAAGAGCCGCCGGUGUUUGAAGUGACACCCGCCGACUCUGAGACAAGAUGCGAGGAAGAGGAGAACGACGAGGACGGUUCCAGAAAGGAGGAUUACUCCGAGGGGGAUCUGGUGGAUGUCAGCGCGUACAGCGGCCUGGGUGAGGACGACUCCGGGGGAAGCCAGCUGGACGAUGACGAGGACGAGGAGGAUGACGAAGCAUAUCAACCGGAGAGCAGCUGCACGGAAAUUGCUGGCCUUCCGGAGGAGGAGGAGCCUGCACCCGCCAAUAGAAAGAUCCGCUUCAGCACUGAGCCAAUCAAGGUAUUCACCACCUACUGUAAUGAAGACUAUGAUCGCCGCAACGACGACGUGGACCCCAUGGCCGCCUCGGCCGAGUAUGAGCUGGAGAAGAGAGUGGAGAAGCUGGAUCUGUUUCCCGUUGAGCUGGAGAAAGACAGCGACGGUCUGGGAAUCAGUAUCAUCGGCAUGGGUGCAGGAGCCGACAUGGGUCUGGAGAAACUGGGCAUCUUUGUUAAGACCGUCACCGAGGGAGGAGCUGCACAGCGAGACGAGAGGAUCCAAGUGAACGACCUGAUCGUUGAGGUUGAUGGGACGAGUUUGGUUGGUGUGACUCAGAGCUUUGCGGCCUCUGUCCUCCGGAACACAUCUGGCACUGUCAGGUUUGUGAUUGGUCGGGAAAAGCCGGGGGAGCAGAGUGAGGUGGCUCAGCUGAUCCAGCAAACUUUGGAACAGGAGCGAUGGCAGCGAGAGAUGAUGGAGCAGCGCUACAAACAGUACAUGGACGAGGAUGAGGAGACAGGCGAAUACGCCACUGACGAGGACGAGGAGAUGAGUCCCAUGUUUCCGAACUCCAUUGAGGUUUUUGACCUGGCGGAGCAGCAGGAGUCGUUGUCUCCGGUGGAGCUGGACCCUGAAAAGCUGACCCAUAAAUUUAAGGAGCUUCAGAUCAAACAUGCAGUCACACAAGCAGAGGUCCAGCUGCUCAAGAGGAAGCUGGCUCAUGCGGAGCAGGAUAAACUGCGUUGGCGAAUGGAGCGUGCCCAGCUGGAGCAAAGCAUCCGAGACAGUAAAGAGAGGAUGGAGAAACUGGAGGGGUACUGGAUGGAGGCCCAGUCCCUGUGUAAGGCAGUGGAUGAACACCUUAAGGAAACCCAGGCUCAGUACCAAACUUUAGAGAGAAAAUACAGCAAAGCCAAGAGAAUGAUUAAAGAAUAUCAGCAGAAGGAGAUGGAGUACCUGAAGAAGGAGACGGCUCAGCGUCAAGAAGGAGAAGAGAGUGAGGCCUCACACAAAGAGGAGGCAGACAACUUGCAGGAAAAGAUCACUGACCUGGAGUCCCAGGUGGAUGCCUUGAAACCCCCCAAUCCUUCCUAGAAGGGUACCUGUAGUCCAGUCCAGCACCCACGGCACGGCCAGGAAGGAGGUACUGUCCAAAACAAACUUGACAAUUGCAGCGCAGAACAUGAAGAAGAAGAAGAAGAAGAGGUGACAUGCUUUGUGUCAAUGGUCCUUGUGUGUCUUCCUGGCAACUGGCUCAGCAAUCAGCACAUUCAACAAUUACGCUUUACACCUUUUAUUUAGUCCUGCCCGCUCCUCAAAGAUUGUCACUAAGUGCUUUAUGGGGUGACACUGGACGUGAAGCGAUGCUGUGCACAGCAAACAUAUGACAAGUGCCCAUUCUGAUACCUGACAUAAACACAAACUGGAAACAAAAGAACUAAAUGCCCCCUAGUCCACCCUUCCUAGUCCACCUCUCCGAAGGAAGGAAUCAGGUAAACAUUUGCAUUUCCCGUAUGGAAGCAUGUUUUGUAAAAACAAGUGCGAGCUUAAGCAAGGAACAAAUAAAUAUGUAAUAAUCACACGCCCCUAAAAAGAUCCCCUCAUAAAAUCAUCAAUUUACUAAGUAAGAUUUCAUUUUAUUUUGAAGUAUUAGAAUACAUUUUAAAAAGUGCUGCUGUCUCCCAGGAAAAACUUCAUGUGUCACCUGACAGUUAAUUUUUUUUUUCUGCUGAGGUUUGAUUGGUUGGUAAAUGUUAAGGUUUGUACAGCGGGGGUGUCCAAACUUUUCUGGUUAUGUUUUGUAUGAAUAUAUAUAAAUAUAUUUUUAAACAUGCUCAACAAGUUACAUCACAUGUUUACACUUGCACGAUUCAAACUUUUCUGAAAAGGAGCAGAAAGAAGCAAAGGCGUUCUCCAUGUUUCAGGACUGACUGAUACUGUUGUUUACUUCCUGUCUUUCAAUGUGAUUUUUUUUUUUAACACAUAGUGAAAAUUUUUAUUAUUUAUUUUAGUUUUGUAAAUCAGCUCCAAAGUUACAGUAGAUCCCUGCAUACUCACGUUUUACAUCCCCUCACACUCAUGCCUUUUUCUGAAUUAUUAGUAUUUUACUUGUCUAAAAACCCACUCAUUUGUGUUUUGCUCUUCAAAAAUUGUCACAUUUUGUCUAAUUAAUUCUACCUCUGUAAUAAUUGAUAUAUAUGGGAUAAUUAGGACUAAAAUGUACAGCAUGUGUGCGUGACAUCAUCAGGCCAAGAUGGCGCCCUGUGUCUAGCUUCUACAGUCGACUUUGUUACAUGCCGCACUCAAAACUCGUGGCGAGGUAAAUGCAAAUGAAUGAAGCAUUGUAAGUCGUUAUUGAAAUUACAACAGCCUUCUUGUUGUGCUAGGGCCGCGUACUGUAGCUAGCCACUUUAGCGCUGGCCUGAUGAGCAAGCUAGUGGCGAGACCGUGACUCUGAUUCCCUUUGUUCUAUCAGUAAACAUUCCACCAUCUGUAAAGUGAUUGCUUAGGGCUUAACCCUGGAUUGUGUUUCAAUGCGUUUGGCUUGUUAGCUUCCUUUGCCACUUGAAGAGUGACACAAAGGGUUAUUGGAGGUGAAUCUGGUGUAAUAAUUACAAACAUUUACUUGCAAAAGUUGAUUUAGGGCCGCAAGAGAUUGACAACGUCAAGUUUGCAAGAAAAUUCUGGCGAGACAUCACCUUUAAAACUCAUGCACCUGAUGCAUCUGUGCAUGAAUCCAGGAAAAAUGCGGAAAUGUAAUUAGACGUUGAAAUAAUCUUACACACGACUAACAUUGUUAUUAUAAAUAAGGCCAUACAUAUUUUUAUUUGGUCAUUUAACAGUUUCUUAACCCAGCGCCCCCGAGGGGGCCACUAAAAAAAUGGUCAGUUUCUCAGUUGUAAUACACUUUUUUGCCACUUGUGGCAGUAAUGCCAAUAUCAAACAAUAACAUAUGUUGGCUGAAGUCAAAGAAGUUUAAGUGCAAAAAUUAUGAUUAGUGGUGAAGCUGUAUUUUCAUUUACCGUAUUACCUUAAAUAGCCGCCGGGCAUGUAAGAUGCGCCUGCCUUGAAUUACUGCCGGGUCAAACUCGCUCCCCAAAUUUAUAAGCGCUUGCUUACUUUUACCGCCGGGUCAAAUUCGUGACGUCACGAGUGACGCUUCCCCUGUCGUCGUUUCCAAAAUGGCAGAGGUUUGUUUUGCUUUUACUAUGUGUAAACCAGGGGUCUUGUUCCACAACCAUACAGAUCACACUGAUGGUUGUGAUAUAAAACAACUUUAACACUCUUACUAAUAUGCGCCACACACUGUGAACACACACCAAACAAGAAUAACAAACACAUUUCUGGAGAACAUCGGCUUUGUAACACAUUAUAAACGCAAUAUAACACUUACCCAGAAUGCCAUUCAUCCACGACACUUACCGGCUAUAUUAUACACCCCGCUAGCACCAAACCCCACCCUCUCCGUGCGUCGGUUGAGGUGGGCGGGGUUGGGGGCGCGUGUAUAAUAUAGCCAAGAGUCAUGGAUGCAUGGCAUUGCAUGGCAUAAUGUGUUAGAGAGCCGAUGUUCUCCAGAAAUGUUUGGUGUGGGUUCACAGAGUGUGGCGCAUAUUAGUAAGAGUGUUAAAGUUGUUUAUAUCUCAACCAUCAGUGUAAAAGGUAUGGCUGUUGACCAAGCAUGCAUUGCAAUCUCAUAUGAGAAACAGCGAAAUGCAUGCGUCCGGCCGGCACGCAGAUAGCAUGGUGUAAAGGUGGGCGCGAUGACAUGUUGUAGAGCAGUGGCCACGGCCGCCGAAUAAUUUUUUAUUAAUUUUUUUUUUAUCCCACAUUUAAUUUUUUACUGCAUGCCAUUGGAAAGCGCAGGGCUGAGGAGAGGUUUUACAUUAAUUAGCGCCCCGGCGGCUAUUCAAGGAAAUAGGGUACACUUUAAUUUUAUUGAGUUAAAAACAUAGUAUUACAUUUGUUUAUUUAUUUCAGCACAACAUAGUUGUAUGCAAAUGUAUUUCUUAUUAGUUGUUUUUAAUUAGCACAUAUUUGUCUAAUCAGCCUGACUUAAACCUAAGGUUUGUGUGCUAACCCAAAUGAUCAUCUUUGUGAUGAACAUAUACAUUCAUAUCAUUCAAAAAACAUGAGUAAGUUACUAAUUCAGUGUUAGUAUUUGAGUGGGCCCCAGGCUCCUCUGUAGUGAAUAAGCUGGGCCCCGAGGUCAAAAAGGUCGAGAACCUUUGAUUUAACAUACAGUGGGGCAAAAAAGUAUUUAGUCAGCCACUGAUUGUGCAAGUUCUCCCACUUAAAAUGAUGACAGAGGUCUGUAAUUUUCAUCACAGGUACACUUCAACUGUGAGAGUCAGAAUGUGAAAAAAAAUCCAGGAAUUCACAUUGUAGGAAUUUUAAAGAAUGUAUUUGUAAAUUAUGGUGGAAAAUAAGUAUUUGGUCACUUCAAACAAGGAAGAUCUCUGGCUCUCACAGACCUGUAACUUCUUCUUUAAGAAGCUCUUCAGUCCUCCACUCAUUACCUGUAUUAAUGGAACCUGUUUGAACUCGUUAUCUGUAUAAAAGACACCUGUCCACAGCCUCAAACAGUCAGACUACAAACUCAACUAUGGCCAAGACCAAAGAGCUGUCGAAGGACACCAGGAAAGGAACUGUAGACCUGCACCAGACUGGGAAGAGUGAAUCUACAAUAGGCAAGCAGCUUUGUGUGAAAAAAUCUACUGUGGGAGCAAUUAUCAGAAAAUGGAAGACAUACAAGACCGCUGAUAAACUCCCUCGAUCUGGGGCUCCAUGCAAGAUCUCAUCCCGUGGGGUCAAAAUGAUCAAUAGAACAGUGAGCAAAAAUCCCAGAACCACACGGGGGGGGGGGACCUGGUGAAUUACCUGCAGAGAGCUGGGACCAAAGUAACCAUCAGUAACAACUACGCCAACAUGGAUUCAAGUCCUACAGUGCCAGACGUGUCCCCCUGCUUAAGCCAGUGCAUGUCCAGGCCCGUCUGAAGUUUGCCAGAGAGCACAUGGAUGAUACAGCAGAGGAUUGGGAGAAUGUCAUGUGGUCAGAUGAAACAAAAAUAGAACUUUUUGGUAUAAACUCAACUCGUCGUGCUAGGAGGAAGAAGAAUACUGAGUUGCAUCCCAAGAACACCAAACCUACUGUGAAGCAUGGGGUGGAAACAUCAUGCUUUGGGGCUGUUUUUCUGCUAAGGGGACAGGACGACUGAUCUGUGUUAAAAAAAGAAUGAAUGGGGCCAUGUAUCGGGAGAUUUUGAAGCCAAAACCUCCUUCCAUCAGUGAGAGCUUUGAAGAUGAAACAUGGCUGGGUCUUCCAGCAUGACAAUGAUUCCAAAAAGACUACCCGGGCAACGAAGGAGUGGCUCCGUAAGAAGCAUUUGAAAGUCCUGGAGUGGCCUAGCCAGUCUCCAGACCUCAACCCCAUAGAAAAUCUGUGGAGGUAGUUGAAAGUCCGUGUUGCUCGGCGACAGCCCCAAAACAUCACUGCUCUCGAGAUCUGCAUUGAGGAAUGGGCCAAAAUACCAGCUACUGUGUGUGCAAACCUGGUAAAGACCUAUAGUAAUCGUUUGACCUCUGUUAUUGCCAACAAAGGUUAUAUUACAAAGUAUUGAGUUGAAUUUUUGUUAUUGACCAAAUACUUAUUUUCCACCAUAAUUUACAAAUAAAUUCUUUAAAAUUCCUACAAUGUGAAUUCCUGGAUUUUCUUUUCACAUUCUGUCUCUCACAGUUGAAGUGUACCUAUGAUGAAAAUUACAGACCUCUGUCAUCAUUUUAAGUGGGAGAACUUGCACAAUCGGUGACUGACUAAAUACUUUUUUGCCCCACUGUACAUGUUUCACACUACAGACUGUAAAAACGAUAUAAUGUAUUUUUUUUUUAAGGUCAUGGUUCCAUGUGAAGGUGUGGAAAAUCAAGCAGGAAUAAAUCAUAAUUUGUUUAGUGAAACAUGUAUUAACAUAUAUUAAAUCUUUAGUGAAAGAUGUAUUAACAUAUUAAAUAUUCAGUGACACAUUAACAUAUAUGAAAUGACAACAUACCAAAAUCUAGUGUAACCAUUGUAUUUACCUUUUAGUUUCUUCAAUGCAAAAUUACAUUUCCGCAUUCCUUGGAUUCCUACACACGUGCAGAUGUAGGCACUGCAUUUCAAUGGGGAGCAUGUCUCAACAGAACACCGGCAUAGAGUAGGGUGGCGUCUCGGUGCAUCCAACCUUUAUUAGUAACAAAAACACACAUAGUUAUUGGCAUCUCAGUUAUUUUUCAGCAUGCACAGAUGAUCUGCUAACGUGCAGCAGUGAAGGGUUAACAAGGCCCCGUUUCUAGUCGGAUCAGCAAAUGAUUCUGUGGGCAAAGUUGCCACAAAACCCAUUUCGAGAUUCUGGAAGGGAUCGUGCACGGCCCAAAUUUGUCAACAUUACAUGUGUCAGGUAAAAAUUAUCCCCUUCCUACUGCAUCCCCCUGCGAAUAGCAGGUAUCUACUGUAAUAAUAUUUUCAAUUUCAAACAAUUUGUUCUUCACCUUGUUAAAUAAUAUUUUUGGAAUGUGCGAUGUGCCAAUAAAAAAAAAAACCUAAGCUGCGACCACACUUUGGACACCCCUCAUGUACAGCGGCAGAAGUGACAAUUAUAAACAUCUGGAACAAUCUGGAACAAGUAAUGGAUACCUGAUAACAUUUUGGAUCCACUUCAGGUGCGGUCGGUUAUGAGGAAGGCGACCAUGUUGGUGGUCCAGAUUUUAGUGUUGGUGAAAACCCAACAGGCAAACAGGAAGUUAGUAGUCUAACAUUUUUUUUUUUUACAUUCUAUUGCCGUUUUAUUACACCUGUGACUCUCAACACCCUAGGAAUGUCUUUCCAUCUUCCAGCACACAAAGUAGAAUAUGGACGUGGCAGAGUUAGCUUGGUGAAUAACAAAAGGUAGACAUUCAUAUUAGCGUGUUGCUUGUAUAUCUAACCUACAGUGUAAUUAUUUCUAGAAGGUGCAGAGCCAAACCGGACAUUGUAUUGUUGUUGUAUAAAGGCUUUAUGUGAUCUGGCAGGAUAGAAAUGACAUUUGUAUAUAACAAAAUAAACCAGCGAGGACCUACAUUUCAAA